AUGACCGCGUACCUGCCCGAGGACAACUGCUUGUACAAGGAGAAGGGCUACUGGGACUCGCGCUUCGACAGCGAGGAGUCGUAUGACUGGUUGGCGCGCUACGAGAAUGUAGCCGAGCUGCUGGCCAAGUACGUCCGUCCGUCCGAUCGCAUCCUGAUGGUCGGCUGUGGUAACUCGACGUUCAGCAUCGAUAUGUACAAAGCCGGCUUUCACAACAUCACCAACAUCGAUUUCUCCAAGGUCGUCAUUGAGCGCAUGAGUGCCAAGUACAGUGAGGAGAUGCCAGAGAUGAAGUGGAAAGAGGCGGACAUGACGAAGCUGCGAGAGAUCUUUACGCCCGAGAGCUUCGACGUCGUCAUCGACAAGGCAGCCAUGGACGCGCUCAUGUGCGACGAAGGCGACGUUUGGUCGCCCUCAGAGGUGGUGAUCGAACAGGCCGCCGCCAUGUGCAGUGGUAUAACAUCCGUGCUGGUGCCCCAGGGGACCUUCGUGCAGAUCUCGUUCGCGCAACCACACUUCCGCAAGCGAUUCCUGCUGGGCGAAGGCGAGCAGGCCCCUAUUAGCACAGUCUACGGCUGGGAUUACUCCUACGACAACAUCGCAGAGAUCGGUCUGGGCUACUUUUUCUAUGUGUUGCAGAAGAUCAGCAAAAAGUAG